CGGAAACCAUAGAAGAAGAAACACUUCCUGAAGUGAUUUGAAAGAAAACGGUAGACUGAUGAAUUAACUAUUUAAAAAGAUAAAAAUAAAGGGUUGUCUAACGAGCGUGGGCUUACACAGUGUGUGGAGAUAAUGUCAGGGAUUCCUCCAGACACUUGGCAGCCGCCCACUGUGGGUUUAGAGACGACGAUGGGGACAGUUGUGGUGGAACUGUACUGGAAACAUGCACCAAAAACGUGCAAGAACUUUGCUGAGCUUUCCAGAAGGGGCUACUACAACAACACAAAGUUUCACAGAGUAAUCAAGGACUUCAUGGUGCAAGGUGGAGAUCCGACUGGGACAGGUCGAGGUGGUGCCUCAGUAUAUGGUAAACAGUUUGAAGAUGAACUGAACCCGGAAUUGAAAUUCACAGGUGCAGGUAUUUUGGCGAUGGCCAAUGCAGGACCAGACACCAACGGGAGUCAGUUCUUCCUCACUCUUGGACCAACUCAAUGGUUAGAUGGAAAGCACAGUAUUUUUGGAAGAGUAUUCCAGGGAAUGGGAGUGGUGAACCGGAUUGGGAUGGUGGAGACAAACGGUCAAGAUCGUCCAGUUGAUGAUAUCAAAAUUGUCAGAGCUAAUGUACCUAAUUAAGCAAAAUGUUGUUUUUUCUAGUUUUUUUUUUUUUUUAAUCCUUGUUUAUUGUGUAAAGAUCACAAAAGUGUUUUUUUUUCCCCAAGUAGUAAGAGACGGCUAACCCACGGAAAAUGGAUAUUCUAAGUCAGUGGUUGGUACAGGUAAUUUGUAAGACAUCAGAAACUGUCAAACAACUGUCAAAUGUUAAACACUGGGAGGAACAAUAACAGUUUGAGCAGGCAAUGUAAUGUAAGGAACAAUAAAUAAAUGGCAAGAAAAUUCA